CUUGUCAGCAAAAAUCAGCAUCUCCAAAAAAAUUGUAAUUUUCAGAAAAUAACCUGAAACUAUUUUUAAAUUUUUCCGUAAGGCGUAAGAAACAUGUCUGACGUUGGUGGUACAGUCGCUGCUCCUGCUGGAGAUGAGCUUCGCUCUGGCGCUGCAAGUGGUGGUGACGAGAAGGUGUAUGGUGGUUGUGAAGGACCAGAUGCCAUGUAUGUGAAGCUGGUAUCUUCUGACGGCCACGAGUUUAUUGUGAAGAGGGAACAUGCCCUCACUUCUGGUACUAUUAAAGCUAUGCUCAGUGGCCCGGGACAGUUUGCUGAAAAUGAAGCCAACGAAGUCAAUUUUAGGGAAAUACCGUCCCAUGUUCUUCAGAAAGUAUGUAUGUACUUCACAUACAAGGUACGCUACACAAACUCCUCUACUGAGAUUCCCGAGUUCCCCAUUGCACCAGAAAUUGCUCUGGAACUGCUGAUGGCUGCUAACUUCCUUGACUGUUAAUUAUAAGUUUAACCAUGGUGGUUAUAUAAUAUUAUGUAUAACAGGCAAAAGUUAACUAGGCACCAGUCUAAGUAAACUCUUUAUUUCAACUCUUUAUUGAGAGUCACUUUCUACUUUGUUUUAUAUAGCAGACUGUCAGCUUGAUUUGUAUGUUGAUAAAUAAAAAUUAGAAAGAGAUUUUUAAUACACAGCAAUAUCAUUUUUUCAUGACUAGCAACAUUCUAUAGUUUUGGCUAGGUAAUUUGACUUAAACUGAGUCAAUAUAUUUUGAUGUUUCUUCGGGCAUUUGUUUGAUGUGGGUUUGGAUUUAUUAUUUUUAGAUUUUUUUUUACUAAUUAUAAAAAUUUUGUAUUCUCUGGUUAUGUGCCACAAUACACAUUUAAGUAUAA